AUGUUGAGGGGAGCGGGGCCUGCCCUGCUGGCCGUGCUCCUCCUCAGCCGCACCACCCAGGCUUUCUUGGAGGAGAUGCCCGCACAUGGGUCGAGGCCCGGCCUAAAGCGUCUCCCUAGUAAUGAGUCCAGCCCGGGCUACUGUGAGCGGAAAACCAAACCGGCCACCUCGCUUGGUUCUUGGAGCCUGUCUACAGAGACCCUCAUAGGUAUGCUGCCAGUUGAUCCAGUUCCUGAAAAUUAUAUUCGCAUAGUGAAAAAUUGUAUUUUUUCUGUUGCCUACCCUACUCCUUUCAAAUCAAGAACUCUUCUUGUAGCAGUUUCAAAGAAUGUUCUGGAAGAUAUUUUGGACCUCGAUCUUUCUGUUUCAAAAACUGAUUAUUUUAUUCAGCUUGUAAGUGGUGAAAAGAUAUUAUCUGGCUCUAUUCCAUUGGCUCAUAGAUAUGGAGGCCAUCAGUUUGGUAUCUGGGCAGAUCAGCUUGGGGAUGGAAGAGCCCAUCUUAUUGGAAAAUACACAAACAGGCAUGGUGAAAAGUGGGAACUCCAGUUAAAAGGCUCCGGGAAGACCCCCUACUCACGUAGAAAUGGUGAUGGCAGAGCUGUGCUCCGUUCCUCGGUCAGAGAAUUUUUGGCUAGUGAGGCUAUGCAUUACCUUGGCAUUCCAACUAGCAGAGCUUUAAGUCUGGUGGUAAGUGAUGAUGAUGUGUGGAGAGAUUCCUUCUAUAAUGGAAAUAUCCAGAAAGAAAGAGGUGCAGUUGUUCUUCGUAUUGCAAAAUCAUGGUUUCGUAUUGGAUCAUUAGAAAUUUUGGCUCAUUAUGGCGAAUUGGAUUUAUUAAGGAAAUUAUUAAACUUUGUCAUACAGGAACAUUUUCCAGCAAUCAAUGUGAAGGAUCCCAAUAGAUACUUGGAUUUUUUCUCUGAUGUGGUAUCUGGGACAGCACAUCUUAUUGCCUCAUGGAUGUCUGUGGGUUUUGCUCAUGGUGUUUGCAAUACUGACAACUUCAGUUUGUUAUCUAUUACAAUAGAUUAUGGUCCUUUUGGUUUUAUGGAGUCCUAUGAUCCAAAUUUUGUACCAAAUACAUCUGAUGACGAAAGGAGAUAUAAAAUAGGAAACCAGGCCAAUGUUGGGAUGUUUAAUCUGAACAAGCUGUUACAAGUUUUAAACCCCUUAUUGGAUCCUAAUCAAAAGCAGCUUGCUGCUCAGAUUCUUGGGGGAUAUCCUACUCUGUAUUACAGAAGAUUUAAAGAACUUUUCAAAGCCAAAUUAGGCCUCCUUGGUGAGAAAGAGAGUGAUGAUUAUUUGAUUGCAUUUCUUCUACAUCUCAUGGAAGACACAAAAUCUGACUUUACAAUGACAUUUCGGGAGCUCAGUGAGAUAACUCAGGCCCAGCUAAAGGACUUCAACAUUCCUCAGGAAUUUUGGGCGCUAGAAACCCUUUCGAGACAAGAACUCUUUUCUGACUGGGUGACCCUGUAUCUCUUGAGACUGAAGAGUAACAUGAAUGACUCAGAUUCCAGAAGAAGAAAAAGAAUGACAAGUGUCAAUCCUAGAUAUGUACUGAAGAACUGGAUGGCAGAAUCUGCGGUGCGAAAAGCAGAAAUGAAUGACUUUUCAGAAGUUCGUCUUUUACAGCAAGUUCUUCAGAAUCCUUUCCAGAAGCAGUCAGUAGCAGAGAGAGCAGGGUACUCUUCUCCUACCCCUUUAUGGGCAAAAGAUCUCAAAGUCAGCUGCUCAUCCUGAUGAAAGUUUGGUCUUAAUUAGGAAUACUUUUUUAAUACUGGACUUUUAAAUAUAAAAUAAUCUGAGAAAUUGUUAAUGAGAAAUUGCAUCUUGAUGAGUCAUUGAUUUUUAUAAUAAUGAAAUAUAAAUUAUUAACUAUGAGAAAUAAAGUUAGUCAGAAAAACUUGAUCCUGAACUACUUCUGAAAAAUGUUUCAGGUUUGUGUUCUAAUCAAUAAUUUGGAAAUCACUUGAAUCAUUUUUAAUAAUGAAGACAUUUUUCACUCAAUGAAUUAAUGCAGAACUCUCUGGAACCUUGUGCUAAUGUCAACAUGGGAAAAUGCAAAUAAUAGUAAACAUGAUA